AUGGCUCAGGCUUCACAAACAUCUGCUUAUCAUAUAUACAAGUUUCAUAUUGAGCUUUAUCUCGAGGAGUCUGAGAAGCAGAAAUGGCCAAUUGGCAUACAUCCUGUAGGAACCUGCCUUAGUGAAGGCUGGACCUUAACCAAGAUUUUGGAACGACUCAAAAAUCCCACUUGCACAAUUGAGAUGCUCGGCCCUCCCCCUAGUUGCAGCGAUGGUAGUUUGAGGCCCGCUGUCAGGAUGGCAGUUUCAGAGCGUGGCUUGCCAAACUUCUCCAUCGAGGAGAUGUAUAGACACAUGGUGAAGUUUAUCAUAGCUGAUGACCAACCAAUCAGCAUUGUUGAGUGUCCCGAGUUCUGCCAGCUGCUCCGCCUCUUGCAGCAAGACCUAAAGGAGUCUGAUAUUCCCCAUCGUUCAAAGUUCUGGCAACUAAUUAUUGAAGCUUGGAAUGAAUACUUUACAGCCAUCAAACUUGACCUUGCUACCGCCCAAGGUCGAAUUUCAUUCACAUCUGAUAUCUGGUCUGAUUCUAAGCUUCAUCCCUUCCUUGCCUUGAUUGCGCAUUGGAUUGCAAAAGAUAGCAAGAAUGCAACACUUAUCACAGAGGCUAAAAAGUAUAUUCUCAAACUGAUGCAGAACAAGAGAGCGACAAAUGUCUCUGCACCGUCCAGUCAGUUAAUUCAUCAGCCACAUCCUGCAACAUUAGGCUCAACAAUCUAUGGACUUCCUGAGAUAAAUAUGCUGCCGCAUUGCCAGGGUGGCCCCCAAUCAGUCAAAGAUGAGUUCAAUGCUUAUAGUAUGGGUGUCCUUAGCCCCACAGGUACAGAUAUACUAUCUUUUUGGAUGGUUUUGAAACCCAUGUUUCCGAUGCUCUACAAACUCACAAUGGACUUUCUGCCAAUUCAAGCCUCUGCCGUUCCAUGUGAGCACAUCUUCUUCUCCAGCAGUGACACAUUUAUUAAGAAGCGCAAUCAUCUCAGCUCAUACUUGAUGGAAGUCCUACAGAUUGUCAAGUUCUCGCUGAAAAAAGACCAACUUCACUUUACCAAGAGUUGGGCAGCAUCUCAGAAUGACAUGGAGUAUCACUUGAUGUAUGUCACGGGCUCUUUGAGCCAUGAAGAUCUCUUGACAUCUGGCUCUGAUGAUCUACUGAUAUCUGCCGUUAGUGGCAGUUAUAAUUUUGAGGCCCUUCUCAGAGUCAUCACAGAGGAUGAAUGUGAUGAUGUUCUAGAUGAUAUUCCACACUUGUGUCUUUUCAUCUCUUAA